CGGAUCCGUUCUUUUCUUCUUAAAACGACCGACCACCAUCGACAUACCGCCAGUCGAGCAUCGUGAUUCGUAACAAAAACUAAGAUAAUAAGCCACGAUCGAGAGAACGAGAGUUUUUAAAAAAAUAAUUUAUACAAAAAGGAAAAAAAAAUCUUGGUCCAAGUGAGAAGAGAAAUGUUCACCUUUCUCGCAAAGAGCAGAGUUUUUCCAUUGUUAUUAAGCGCGUUUGCAGUUUCAAUCCUCGCUCAGGAUGCAAAAACUACGGUGUUUCCGCUCCCCGGAAAUGGCUCCGUUCUCGAAUCAUCGGCCAGAGUGGAAACUGCGCUUCAACAGGAUAUGACGCGUUCCUCCGAGCUUAUCGCGCAUCCCACCACCGCACCUGUCAAUAAUUUUCUCCUCGCGGCGCAAAGGCCCUACGUUCAUCUGAGGAGCGAUAACGUGCCGGCUUACGUGUACGAUCAUCCGCAUUUCGGAUAUCCGGUGGCGCACUCGAUCGAUUAUCCGGUUGGCCCAUCCUCCAAGCAGCUUAUGAUAGUCAGUUUCAUAGGUUUGUUGCUGCUGUUCGCUGUUAUUCAGAACACGAUCGUGAACGUGAAACGAAGAGAGCUUCUGACGGAUGUGCUGUCGGCGAGGAAGAAGAGAGAGCUUUACGCUUCGUACAACUUUGAUUCCGUGACACCGGAACAGGAAGACGUGCUCGACGAGGAUGGGAGGGUGAGGUGCAUACAGAGGACCGUUUGCCUGGAGAAUCGAAAGCUCUUGAAGGCGUUCGGCGCAACCGGCAAGAUACUGGCCAAGUACUUAACACGAGGCGUGGAGAAAUCCCUGAAGCCGUCCUCCGGAUGGUUCCGUUUGGUUCGGGACGCGGGCGAGGCUGGGAUUCGUGGCGAGGACUGCGAGGUGCUUUACAGGGGUUGUGACGAGCAGCAAGUCCCUUCGAAGGAUACAGUCGCGAUAGAUUGAAACUUAAGGCGAUGAUUACGAUCGUUUAGAUUUGGAAAU